GAAGGGCUGUCUUUUGAAGUAAAUGCUUUAGUCUUGGUAGUCAUUUACUCUCAUUGUGUAGAGAAAGUAACACCUUUACUAUGUGUGUCUCUCUGCUGCUGCUACUGCUGGUCUGCAGCGCCCAGUCGACUCAUUUUUACGGGACAGUAAUGACUUACUACCCAAAAAACACUAAUUCAGAUGGAUCUCUCACGGUUGUCCUUCGCUAUAAGAUGACCUUCGACCUUUGUUCUACGAGGGACUCCUGGGACUGCCCUUCUCAAAAUUGCGGGACUCAGACUUCUCUGGUGCUAAACGAUGUGGACGAGGAGAGCAGUGGAGAGUGGUGUCAAAUAGAGGGAAUCAUGACUUGGCGGGUUCCCAGCUACUCUCAGUUCCAAUUACAGUUGACUGGCGGUAACUGGAUAAAUCAAAAUAAGAAUGGCAUCAGAAAUUGGAAAGCUGUGACUGGAGUGGAGCUGAGGAACAGGUCGGACAUCGGACAAGCCAACACAUCGCCCCAGACCACAAUCCUGCCAGUCUUGAGAGUUCCUUCAAACUGUCGGAGAGAUUUCCACCUGCUGGACUUUGAUCCUGAUGGAGAUGAGGUCAGAUGCAGAUACGCAAGCUCCUCCCUGUCAGAGUGUUCCCAGUGCACUACGCCGUCUGUUCUCAGCCUCUCAGAAUCCUGUAUUCUGUCCUUCAGCCCCACCAGCAGCGUAAACGAAGGUUCGUACAUUGUACAGAUGGUGAUGGAGGACUUUCCCAGGCAGAACAUCUCUCUGACUCAAAACGGAGGGCUGACAGUCAACAGUGCUAUCAGCAAAAUACCUGUCCAGUUUGUUGUAAGGGUGGACCCCGCAGUGCGCUCCUGCACAGAGGGACUCUAUCUGCCCAGGUUCCUGACACCAACUCCAGCCAACAAAGCUCAACUGUACGCCCCUGUCAAUCAGACCCUUUCUAUCAGCGUCAAUGCAGAGGCAAAUGUCUUCACGACGUUUGAGCUGCUGUUCAGCGGGCCGCACAACAUGAUCAAGGGUUCAUUAGGAGCAGGACGGUUCCUCCUGAAAUGGACACCGUCUCAAGAAGAAGACGGAGAAAGCCAUCCCAUCUGUUUUGUCAUCCAAUCAAUCACGAGUUCAACCAUCAAAUAUCAGUCUGAGCUCCGAUGUGUCAUUGUGAGUGUUGGAAAUGCCGUUCCAUCAACAACAACACCAGUAACUGGAGUCUCAAAACAAGGUGUUGUAGCUAUAAUAAUCAAGAUUUCCUCUGCGUCUCCACUGUCUGAGGACUUCAUCAGGAGUACCAUCAUACAACAGGUCAGCCUCUUAUUGUCUACUCAGAGAUCAGCUCAUGUCAAAGCAUCAAUUUAA